GCCAGCCUUGCAAACAAUCUCUUACAACCUCUAUCACAUGGUUUUGCUUCCAAUGCAACCCUGCAUAGUGGGAACUCCAUGAAGUGGGUAUUGCCUGGCCUUGUGAAUAUAUAUUCAAGUCUCUCACUUUCCCUUCUACACAUCUCAGUAUUACCGUUCAGUAAGCUAUAAUCUAAAGCAUUCUUCAAAAUCUUUUUCAUCAAGUUUAUAGACUAAAAAUAUGAUUAGUGCCAAGAAGCUCCUCAAAUUGGCGAGAAAAUGGCAGAAGCUUGCUGCUUUCAAGCGAAAAAGAAUCACGUUACCUCAAGCCACUGGAAGCAUUAAUACAAACAGUUGUAGCACAUCACAAAUGGCAGAGAAAGGCCAUUUUGCAGUGUACUCUGCAGAUCAAAGACGUUUUCUUCUUCCUUUGGAAUAUCUUAACAACGAAAUUAUCAGAGAGCUGUUUAAAAUGGCGGAGGAAGAGUAUGGAUUGCAAAGCAAUGGACCUCUCACAUUCCCAUGUGAUGCAGAGCUUUUGGAGUAUGCAAUUGCUUUGAUAAAAAAGCAGGUUACUAGAGAUGUGGAGAAUGCUUUCUUGAUGUCCAUAACUAGCAGUUGUAGUUCACUGUCUUUCUGUCUCCAAGAUCAUAUGAAAAGCCAUCAAUUUCCAAUUUGCAGUUUUUGAAGAGUUAUAUUUAGUUCUGUAAACAAGCCACGCUAGUGUACAUUGAUUCAAUUUAUAAGAAUUCCCAAAAGCAUUUUUUAUAGUUAGUUGCAUUCAA